AUGACGACAGAUGAGCCCCAAACGAGCACCCUGCCCGAGGGUCUUCGAUACAUCCAGUACGAACAUGCUCUCGAGAGCAAGUAUCUCCCAGCCAUUCGCGCCCUCAUCUCGAAAGAUCUGAGCGAGCCCUACAGCAUCUACGUAUAUCGGUACUUUCUCUAUCAGUGGGCGCAUCUGUGCUACUUGGCCCUCGACCCGCGCGACGACUCCCUCGUCGCCGUCAUAAUAUGCAAGCUUGAACACCACAUCUCUCACUCCCCGGUAACCCAUCGAGGUUACAUCGCCAUGCUCGCCGUCUCCUCGGUGCACAGAGGUAACGGCAUCGCCACCUCCCUUGUGAAGAUGGCCAUCGACGCCAUGGCGGAUCGCAAAGCCGACGAAAUUGUCCUGGAGACUGAGGAAACCAACAUCCCCGCGAUGAGACUGUACGAGCGGUUGGGGUUCCUGCGCUCUAAAAAGCUGCACCGGUAUUACCUGAAUGGCAACAGCGCAUACCGUCUCGUGCUCAUGCUCAAAUCGCCCGAGGUCGCACAUCAAGGAUUUGAUGAUGUUAUCUGA